AUGACAACAUCCGUAAUAACAUCUUUUGUGAAGUUAUCCAUUCCUGGAAACAAGAAUGGUGAUGACAGUCACAUCGAAGAACAGGAAAAUUUUGUGAUAACGCGUUUCAAUCAAAAUCGAAUUGAAACGAAGAUCGAUGGAGAACGAAUCAAAGUGAGCAGUGAUCACGAGGACCCGUUUUUUGAGACCACUUUUCAGAUAAAAUCAGAAAGUGGCUUCCCAUCAUGGUUUCUUGACAUUGUCGCACAAGUGGUUGACGGAUUAGACAGAACGAACCAAAGACUCGCAGGGACUCUAUCCCUUCAUCAUCCGGCGCUUUUCGAUAAAACUCUGAUUCUCUCGGAAAGGGAUCUACCAACAGAGAGGAUCUUAUUUGGAAACAUCUGGGACACUAUCUUCUAUAAUCACUGGGACGUCUGCUUUCCAAAUCGAAACAAUCACAAGAGAAACAACAAUUCACAAAAUCGAUCCACUCAGAGAAAUGGACAUAUCGUGGAGUACGACAAAAUCAAAUCUCAUUUCGACUUUGAUAGACCGUAUCCAAUAACUGUCGAAUUCACAAUCAGAGAACAACGAUUGCGAGAGGUUCCAGAGGAACCAGAAAAAGGAAAUAAGCAAGUUAUCACGGCAGAUAAAGGACAGGAAAAAUCAAAAAUGAAAACGGUGAUGCAGUUGGCGGAUGUCAAAUAUCAAUUAUCGUUCGAAGGAGAUUCAAUUCGCCAAAUUAUUGUGGACAAUGACUCAUUUUGGACUAACGAAGAAAACAAAAAAGUUUGCAAAAAAAGAAUUUACUUUGUUCUCAAAACUCCAGUUGUGGUCAGGAAUACCAUCAAUUUUUUGCUUGGAAGCGACAAGUCUCCUGCAUUCGCCAACCGAACUUUGGAUCUUCCAUGUGGUCACACAACCAAACGAAGGUCAUCCAGAAGAGUUCUCACUGAAAACAAGAUCUUCUGUCUGGAAUUUGAUAAGAGUGAUCUCGAUUUCGGUAAAAUCCAUACGAUCGUCUCUCGUCUGCGCAGCCGUUUCAAUGUUCCCGUCGAGUUUGGCCGUUUCUAUGACAAAGACUACAUCAUUCCUUUCGGGAGGGACUUUCCUGAUCCGAUUAAAAGAGAAACAUGCUUUGGAGAAUCCAUCUACAAGUUCAAUGAUUCACCUGAUUCGAAAACAGAACAAUACAAUUCUAUUUUGAAUUCAAUGUUCGAACAAACUCCUGGCUAUGAUAAGGAAGCAAAAAAAGCAAGGGCACAUCUUCAUGAACGUAAAUUCGCCUAUGUUUACUUGAUCGAAGCUCUGAUGUCCAGGUAA